UUAUCGUUCCUGUAAUUCCGUUGUUUGAGACGUCGUUCGUUCAUCUAAUUUUCUCCUAAUGGCUACAGUCGCUCGCAGCUGAACUCAACUCAAAUCAACUCUACUCUAUUCCUAUGCAAAUAGUUCCUAGGAUUUCUAACUUCGAUUGAUCCCAGGUACCUUGUCCUGAGAAAUUUGGAAUGAAUGGAGAUGACAAUGUCAGCAACAACUUGUUACAGUAUGAUUAGAUUCAGUGAUGUUCUCCGGACAACAUUUGUGUCACCAUAUCCCAACAGAAAGUGUGCAAAAAGAGUAUUGAGAAUUUUUUCCACGUGUGCCUCACCAAUUACAUCUACAGUUGACCCUAUCAUUGUCCACUCCUCUCAAUUUCAAGUAUUGGCUUCGAACCUUUCGGCAGCCAAUGUCCCCCAACGGUCAGAGGAAUGGUUUGCCCUUCGCAAGGACAAGCUUACUACUAGCACAUUCAGCACUGCGUUAGGUUUCUGGAAAGGGGGCCGUCGCGGUGAGCUGUGGCACGAGAAGGUGUUUGCAUCAGAGGCACAGAUCAUGGAAGUUUCUAAGAAUAGCGCCAUGGAAUGGGGAACACUCAAUGAAUCAGUGGCUAUAGAACAAUAUAAAAAGAUCACAGGUAAUGAAGUGAGCUCAAUGGGGUUUGUAGUUCAUUCGAAGCAGUCUUAUGAUUGGCUUGGUGCGUCCCCUGAUGGGGUUCUUAGGUGUUCUCCACAAGUUGGACUAUUAGAAGUUAAGUGCCCUUAUAACAAGGGCAAACCUGAGGCUGGCUUGCCUUGGUCAAGCAUGCCUUUUUACUACAUGCCUCAAGUGCAAGGGCAGAUGGAGAUAAUGGAUUGUGAGUGGGUUGAUUUGUAUUGCUGGAUGCCAAAUGGAAGCACUAUAUUUCGUGUGCUGAGGCAGCGUGAGUAUUGGAACUUGAUACAUGAGAUUCUACGUGAGUUUUGGUGGGAAAAUGUGGUUCCAGCAAGGGAAGUUCUACUGUUGGGACGUGAAGAAGAGGUGAAAUCAUAUAAGCCUGCAUCUACACACAAAAAGACAGGAUUAGCUAUUGCAAAGAGCAUAAAAUUGGCUAGUGAAACAAAGCUGUUAUGCAGAGAACUUGCAGGCCAUAUUGAAUUUUUUAGUUGAUUCAAGUUCAGAAGUAAUUGGUUAAGCUAUUGAUUCAUUUUGCAUCGAAACAUUUUUACUCCCUUUCAUGUGUUGGUUGUUUUGUGAGACAGAUUUGGUGCCUAAACUGGAGGGAGAAGUUGCAGGUACCGUCUUUGGCACCCUGUUAUAAAUCUAACACCAUUUGUAGACAGUGCUCUUCAAAUUUAACAACAUUUGUACACAUCUCUUUA